CGGGAUUGUGGUAGCAGUCGUUUUUUCAGUUACAGAGCGAGCAUGAUGAGCAAAUAUAUAUUGCCGCUAUCAAUUGCUGGAACUGUAAUUGGUGGAGCAGUUUUAGUCAAAGACUAUGCAACGGGUGGAAUGUGUCCAAGUAAAGCAACAGUAUCAGGAAAAACUAUAAUCGUAACUGGAGCAAACACUGGUAUUGGAAAAGAAACUGCCCGAGAACUGGCCAGCAGAGGUGGCAGAAUUAUAAUGGCAUGUCGAGAUAUGGAGAAAUGUGAAACAGCUGCUCGAGAAAUUAGAGGUGAAACCCUGAAUCAUCAUGUGUAUGCAAAGCCUCUUAACCUUGCAUCGCUGAAAUCAAUUCGAGAGUUUGCCAAACAAGUAAAUGAAGAGGAAGAGAAUAUAAAUGUGUUAAUUAACAAUGCUGGUAUUAUGAGAUGUCCUCACUGGAAAACAGAAGAUGGAUUUGAAAUGCAGUUUGGCGUAAAUCACCUUGGUCAUUUUUUGUUGACAAACCUGCUACUUGAAAAAUUAAAGAAUUCUGGAAAUGGUCGCAUCAUAAAUGUAUCGUCACUUGCUCACAAAGUGGGACAAAUUGAUUUCAAUGAUCUCAACUGGGAAAAUAAAAAAUAUGACACCAAGGCAGCAUACUGUCAGAGCAAACUUGCAAACAUAUUGUUUACAAGGGAACUGGCUAAAAGACUUUAUGGAAGUAAAGUUACAGUCAAUGCUGUGCACCCAGGAGUGGUGAACACUGAACUAGGCAGACACACAGGGAUGCAUAAAUCAAAAUUUUCCAGGACAACAUUGGGACCAUUUUUCUCUCUUCUCGUAAAAUCCCCACUUUUAGGAGCACAACCCUCCAUAUAUCUGGCUGUAGCAGAGGAGCUGGAAGGGGUAUCUGGAAAAUACUUUGAUGUUAAUGAAGAAAAAGACCCUGCUCCGCAGGCUCUGGAUGAUGAGACAGCCAAGCAUUUGUGGGAAGUAAGUGCAGAAUUAGUGGGACUGAAAAAUGACAAUUCUGAUCCACAGCCCUCAAACUUCCAAUGCUAAUGUAGGCAGUCAGAAUAGCAGGAGAACUAUAGAAACGGCAUCAAGGAAAAUUAUGUUUAAUCAUGCAUUGCAAGGUAUUUAUUUAUACUGCUGAUCACUCUUUGUAUUUUGAAGAAAACUAACUAUUACAUCAUUGCUUUUUAUUGCAUGUGAGGCUGUAUUGAUCUGUUUACCUUGUUUCAUCAUAGUCAAUGCAAUGUUAGGCUAUUUAAUGAAUUAAAUCUGGUUCACUUUAGAGGCCGAAUGGUCUGGCCGACAUGUGACUGCAGACCUACAGCAAUGUGGUUGAUUAAGUACUUGAAUUACAAUUUAAUAUACCAGAAGAUUUUACAAAAUUAUCUUGUAUCCAUAAUUUUUAAGGUAUAAUAAUUCAAAUUUGGCACUACCAAAAUAUAAACCCAUUUUUUUUCCUCACAAAGUAGAUUUCAUUCAUUGCACUUGCCUUGGCAGAUUAUUCCACAAAUGGAUAUUUGGACUCUAGUGCUUCAAGGGUUCAACAUGAUUUCCAGUUCCUGGGUAUGACGUAGCCUUUCCUCAUAGAGCCUUUGACUCAGCUUAAACCUCCUUCUCCCACCUCACCAUACAUACACACUCACACACUCACUCUCACUCACUCUCGUCCAUAUUCCUUUUCCCGUACGUUUUCAAAAGAGGCCCAUGCUGUACUGCAGACCAACUGAACAGAUCAUUUCAUCCAACCAGGUCCUUCCUUGACAUUAGGGCAGACAGAACCUCAGCAUGUUAUGAAACAAUAUUGGCAUAUCAAGGGUCUACACACAACUUGAUACUCACAUAGGUAAUCUUCAGGAUGCGAGCAGCAAUACGUAUGUUUACCCACUGAUCCAAAGGUGUAUGCAUUGAGAGGUUUGUCCCUACAGACACACUCCAUUUUCAAUUACUAGAUAGUGUAGAAAUGGCCCAAAUUAGUCAUUUAAACAGUCCUACAGCAGAGAAAAAAAACCAUUUAGCUCAUCAUGUCUAUGGCAAUAAAUGUUCCAAUUCCAGAGAAAGUACUGCAGAUGCUGAAGAUCAGAGUCGAAAAGUGUGGCACUGGAAAAGCACAGCAAGUCAGGCAGCAAGAGAAUCGACAUUUUGGCGAUAAGCCCUUCAUCUGAAUUCAGUGUUUACGAUCUUCUAUCGGUUGAAAAAUGUAUUUGUUGCUAAUGCAGGGAAAUUGAUUAAUGGCUUACCUUGCUUCAAUGGAUGGAAGAAUAAUUAGGGAUGUGAAUUUGGGAAUGAGACAAUCGCAUUAAAUUUACUCUUGCCUGUCAAUAGUUAAGUUGAUGGAGCAAAAGACUAUUAUGUCUCAAAACUAUCAUCCUUAGGUUGCUGGUUCAAUUCCAGCUUGACUGAGUCAGAACAUUCCUAAAGGAUGACAGCUUGUGAUAGAGCAGAGGAUUGUAUUGCAUCAGCUGAACUGUUGAUGGGCAGGAGUAAAUGUUACGUGAUAUUGGCUCAUUCCCAAAUUAAGAUCCCUAACUAUUCUUCCAUCCA